AUCUCUCUACUUCAAAUUCACUUCUCUAGAGAGUUUAAUUCACAGCAUAUAAUUAGAAAUACGUACGUACUUAGGGCUCCCUCUCGAUCUCUCAAACACGCGCCUAUCAAUGGCGAGAGAGCAGCAAAACCAAAUACUCAAGGUGCUGGACAACUCCAAAAUCCAAUGGUACCACGUCAAGGCUGUGGUGAUUUCCGGGAUGGGGUUCUUCACCGACGCAUACGACCUCUUCUGUAUCUCUCUCGUAACCAAACUCCUCGGACGCAUCUACUAUCACGUCGACGGCUCCCCGAAACCCGGAACUCUCCCACCCAACGCUGCUGCAGCCGUCACCGGUGUCGCCCUUGUCGGAACCCUAGCCGGCCAGCUCUUCUUCGGGUGGCUAGGGGACAAGAUGGGAAGGAAAAACGUGUACGGAACCACGCUCUUGCUCAUGUUCGUGUGCUCCAUCGCCUCUGGACUUUCCAUCGGAAAAUCUCCCACCGCCGUCACAGGAACAUUGUGUUUUUUCCGGUUUUGGUUAGGGUUUGGGAUCGGCGGAGACUACCCGCUCUCAGCCACCAUCAUGGCGGAGUACGCGAACAAGAAGACGCGCGGCGCCUUUGUGGCGGCGGUUUUUGCCAUGCAGGGGUUUGGGAUUCUCGCCGGCGGCCUUGUGGCCAUGGCCAUGUCGGCUGUGUUCCGGCAUGUUUAUCACGCGCCGGCGUAUUCUGUCGAUGCGUUGGGGUCCACUCCGCCGGAAGCGGAUUACGUGUGGCGGAUUAUUCUGAUGGUGGGGUCGUUGCCGGCGGUUCUGACGUACUAUUACAGGUGUAAGAUGCCGGAGACACCUCGGUACACGGCUUUGGUGGCGAAGAAUGGUGAGAAGGCUUGCAGAGACAUGUCCAAAGUGCUUGACAUUGAAAUGGUAAAAUCAGAAAAGCUAGAAGAAAACCAAACGGAUGGCAAAGCCAACAACACAUUCGGGCUGUUCUCAAAACAAUUCGUGCGCCGCCACGGUCUCCACCUCCUAGGCACAACCACCACCUGGUUCCUCCUCGACAUCGCCUACUACAGCCAGAACCUCUUCCAAAAGGACAUCUUCACCUCCGUCGGCUGGCUCCCUCCUGCCAAAUCCAUGUCCGCCCUCGACGAGCUCUUCACCAUCUCCAAAUCCCAGUUCCUCAUCGCUCUCUGCGGCACCGUCCCUGGCUACUGGGUCACCGUCACCCUCAUCGACAUAAUUGGCCGCUUCACAAUCCAACUGAUCGGAUUCCUCUUCAUGACCGUCUUCAUGUUCGGCUUAGCGAUACCGUACCACCACUGGACUCUGAAGUCCAACAGAAUCGGGUUCAUGGUAAUGUACGCCUUGACAUUCUUCUUCGCGAACUUCGGACCCAACACGACAACGUUCGUGGUGCCGGCGGAGAUUUUCCCGGCGAGGCUGAGGACGACGUGCCAUGGCUUGUCGGCAGCGGCGGGGAAAGCGGGGGCGAUUGUCGGGGCGUUUGGGUUUCUGUACGCGGCGCAGAGUCAAGAUAAGGAUAAGACGGACGCGGGGUACCCACCUGGGAUUGGGAUGAGGUAUUCUUUGAUGGUGCUUGGGGGGAUCAGUUUAGUUGGGUUUUUUUGUACGUUCAUGGUGCCCGAAUCCAAGGGGAAAUCACUGGAGGAGAUGUCGAGGGAGAAUGAAGGGGAAGAAGUUGAUGAUGACGAUGAAUCUCGGGGGAUUGAAAUGGUUUAGGUAGUUACUAUAAUUUUGUAUGCUAGCUCUUUCAUUUGGAUGUUGUUUUCGGUACUCUGAAUGUUUUCAUUUGUUUAGGGGAGAAUUUUAAAAUUACCCCUAAACUAUCAUCCAAAUG